AAUUGAAUGAAGAUCAAUAGAUAAAUCAUUUUUUAAUAAAAUCCUCAAGUUUUAUUGUUUCUACGUUAGUUCUAUUUUCAUUGUUGGAGGAUCAAUUAGUGAAAAAUGAAAUUAAUACUGCUAACAGCUGUAAUUACCUUUUUCUGUGUAUCAGCCGAAAAAGUAAGAUAUGACAACCAUGCCGUAUACAGAUUUACGCCAAACAAUGAGAACGAAUUGAAAAUAUUACAAACGUUACAAAAAUUGAACAAGUAUAACUUUUGGACGGAACCAAGGCGUUCAGGUUUACCAGUAGACGUUAUGGUGCCACCAGAAUCGAAAGAUGAUAUAGAAAACUUGAUUUCAGAACACCAAUUAACUUUUAAAAUCAUGAUGGAGGAUGUUCAGAAACAAAUUGAGGAGGAGAAGUUGUUGAAUGCGAAGAAAAGCAAAUAUUUCGAUUGGGAAAGUUACCACACUUUAGAUGAGAUAUACGAUUGGCUCAAAGAUCUAGCUGCUCGAUUUCCUAAAGAGGUGACACUUGUCAAAGGAGGUACUACAUAUGAAGGUCGAGAUAUUUUGGGAGUCAAAGUAUCGUACUCUCCAGAUAAUGCAAACAAAACUGUAUGGAUUGAUUCUUUAAUACAUGCUAGAGAAUGGAUUGCUGGUGCUACGUCUACCUAUAUUCUAAAUAAAGUGCUAACCAGCACUGACCGAUUUAUCCGAAAAAUGGCUGAAAGCCAUGAUUGGUACUUCUUCCCAGUUAUAAAUCCCGAUGGUUAUGAAUACACGCAUACCACUGACCGGCUUUGGCGUAAAACCAGGAAACCUUACAGUAUAUGCAUUGGAACAGAUCCCAACCGCAACUGGGGUUACAAAUGGAAUGAAGAUGGUGGUUCAAGUGACAAUCCAUGUGCUGAUGAUUAUGCUGGCCCGAAUGCUUUCUCUGAAGUGGAAACCUCUACUUUGUCCCAAUUUAUGUCAGGAGUCGCUAAAGAUAUAAUGCUGUUUUAUACCUUUCAUUCAUAUUCGCAGUUAAUUCUUCUUCCUUAUGGACAUACAACGGAACAUUUGGAUAAUUAUGAUGACGCUUAUCAAGUUGCAAUGGAAGCAGCCUCCUCCUUAGAAGAAGUACACGGUACCCAAUAUACAGUUGGUAAUAUUGCUGAAACCAUUUAUGUCGCUACUGGUUCCAAUAUGGAUUGGCUGAAAGCAAACUACCAUGUACCAUACGCUUAUGCAUACGAACUAAGAGAUACCGGAAAUUAUGGAUUCCUCCUACCAGCAGACCAGAUAAUACCAACGGGAGAAGAAACUUUAGAUUCCAUCAUGACGGCUCUGGUGGAAAUUGAAAAUGUUAUAGAAUAAUUUGAAGUAAAUAAUGAUUGACAUUUUGUAGUAUAUAUUGUAAAUAAAUAGUUGUUUUAACUUUAAAUUCAUU